AUGGGGGUAAAAAUGAAUUUAAUUGAGGUUAAAAGAGUUUACACUCGUGCCCAAGCGGUAGCUAAUUUAAUUGCUAGCCAACUGAAAAAACGUCUUUCUUCCCGUCUGGUUAUUAGAAACGUUUUAACUAAUUUAUCAUUAGAGAGGGAAGUAAAAGGGGUAAAAAUCCAAAUUGGAGGUCGUUUAGACGGUUCAGAAAACACCCAAAAAAAGAAGAUAGUGCAAGGGAAAAUGCCUCUCAGCACCAAUGAUAGCAAUAUUGAGGUGGGGCAAGCCGAAGCCACUGACGCUUACGGGAAAAUUGGGGUUAAA